UCUGGAAAAUUCAUCUUAUCAUUCGUUCACGUUUCGUUUUCUCGUGAUAAUUGUCACGAUAACGAUUAUUUAUUAAAUAAUUAUUUUAUCGAGUUUCGAAUAAUGAUAAUACACCCUUUCGCGAUCGUUAAUUUUAAAUUAUCGAUUCGCGAUAAUUGAAUCGAAAUUUAAGAUUAAAUAAAUACUACUAACAAAGUGGAUCAACAUUAAAUCCAAAGACAAACAUCGAAGAAUUCGUACGAUUAAUCGCUAUAAUCCGAUUAAUUUACGAUAAUAAUAAUAAGUAGAUUUUAAUUCUCAAUAAACAAUUAGCGAUUAAACAUGCUUCGAUUUUUAAUCGUGCAUCGUCCUAAAUCUAAAUCCUCGAUCACAAUUGAUAAUCAAAUAUUUCCAAUCGUAAUCAAUUCAAUUGUAUUAAACAUUGCCAACACUGAAAUAUAAUAUCUCGUAAUCGUUAUUUUGUUUUCGAUAUUUCCCUUUCGAUCGACGCAUUAACCUUGUUAAUUGCAAGUGCUUUAUUAAUCGAUUAAAAAAAAAAAAAAAACAAACAGAGAAGAAUCUUAAAUGCGCGAAAAAUGUGCGACUGUCCCGAGGACAAGGAGGAUGGCGAGAAAAAAGUGGAAACGGUGAUGCUUUUCAAAAAGUGUCAAAAACCGUACCGCACCACCAAAGACAUUGUCAAACCGUCCAGUUACGACACGGUCUCGGACAAAGAUCUGUGGACUCCCGCUGACUCCUCUCAAUCGACCUUCAGAUACACGUGCGAUUCACCCAAAGGAUCCCAGCUAACCAGCUCCUUCACCAGCUCCUCCAAAAUAGUAAACUUCUCUCUCUCUGCCAAUUUUACAUAAUUUUUCUCACAUCAGAUACGUCACAUCAGAUAAUCCAACUUAUCCCUUCUUUCUUUCUCUUUUUUCUUUCCUUUUCUUUCCCUUCCCCCCUGAUCUAACAUCGUCGAAAACAACAAGUACAAAUUCGUCACAUCUCGAGGCUACGAAUACUUGGGGGAGGGGGAAGAGGAAUGGCGUCCGCCGUUCGCCUACAAGCCGUGCAUCGAGGACGAGGUGGUGGGGGAGGAGGAGAGGGUCGACAUCGAGUGCACAUUGAUGAUCAUCAAGCCGGAGGCGUUGGUGUACAGGGAGGAGAUCGAGGAGCGAGUGCGGGAGGAGGGCUUCCAAAUUUUUCAAACCCGUUGGCUACAGCUCACCCCGGAACAGGUGUCCGAAUUUUAUUCCGACAAAUACGGCCAGCUGAACUUCGCCUAUCUGGUCGCCUACAUGGCCUCCGGCCCCAUAGUCGUCCACGUACUCGGGAAGAAGAACGCUAUCCACGAGUGGAAAUUGCUCAUGGGCCCGACCAAGGUGGCAGAAGCCCGUCUGUAUUAUCCGGACAGCAUAAGGGCGAGGUACGGGAGAAGAGGGGACGACUUUAAGAACGCUGUUCACGGAAGCGAAACUCGGGAAUGCGCCGAGAAAGAGAUACACUUUUUCUUCCCGGAUUGUGAGCAUUGGUUUUAUUCUUCGAUAUUGCGGUUCUAUCGACGACACCGGUUUUUAAUUUUAUCCUGGAGAAAUCUCUUUCGUUUCUUUUCAUAUCGCACAGUCAUAAUGGAGCCUCUGCUGAAGGACGAAAUGGCGGAGGAUUAUUUGUGGGAAGUGCUCAAUCCCAUACUCGUGGAAGCUCUAUCUAUGUGUUGCAAAUUAAAACCCGCGGAUCCCGUUUUAUGGCUGGCCAAUUGGCUGAUCACGAACAAUCCUAAUAAACCAAAACUGCCCCUCGAGCUCGCCAUGAUCCCAACGUAAUCCGGAAUAUCGUCCAAUUAUUUAGAUUCAGAUUUUUACUUUGACACGAUUUUUUUUUAUAUCAAUAAAUCAAUUUUUAUGUA